AUGCUCUCCCGCAACGUUGCCCGCUUCUCUCAGCGUGCCUCGCAGCAGGCCCGCCAGGCCCCGGUCCGCCAGACCGUCCAGCGCCGCUUCGCCUCCUCCGAGACCCAGCCCUCGUGGAUCGUCGACAACGAGUUCAACCGCGAGCGCGCUGCUGUCAAGCACCACGCCGCCUCCACCAGCGACCUCUGGCGCAAGCUUUCGAUCUUCGCCGUUAUCCCCUGCCUGAUCGGUGGCGGUCUCAACGCCUACAACCUCUGGUCCGAGCACUGGGAGCACUGGGAGCACAUGCCCCCUCUCGAGGAGCGCACCGAGUACCCCUACCAGAACAUCCGCGUGAAGAACUACCCCUGGGGUGACGGUGACAAGACCAUCUUCUGGAACGACGAAGUCAACUACCACAACAAGGACAAGGCUACCUAA